AUGGCCACUGCGCCACUGGCGGCAUUGCACAAGCAACGAUACUCUUCGCGAUCGAACUCUCUGUCCUCAUCCUCCGUGGUGACCAUUAAGCGGACUGGCUCCCUCAGCUCGUCCAGCACCGGAGCACGAAAUUCGACGGCGCCCAUGCUGCCUCAGACAACAGGCGAACCGUCUCUGAUCGCGCUGCGGGUCGGCCGUGAACAGAUAUCACAGCAGGAUCCCAAACGGAGGCAAAGCUUGGCAGUGGAUCCUGGUAGCCAUGCCGAAAGCGAGGGCAUGAACAACCUUAACCGCUGGUCGCAGUCCACCAACUCGAGCGCAGCGUCAGGUGGUCAAAGACGGAAUAGAGCGAGCAGUGGUGCUGCUUUGCAAAGUAUUGCUGGUGCACAAUUCUCACCAAGAAGUAAUCGCACGACGAUAGAUCACUCACCACGAGCGAGCCCGAAUCGACGACAACUCAGCUCACGCCAACGACAGCUGUCGCCCGAUGGCAGCCCAGAGGCGUUGCGCCGACGAACUUCACGGCCAGAUCUGCCAAAGUCCUUGACUGCUCUACCACCACUACAUGCUAUACCAGCACUCGUCGACCACAGCAAUGACACCGCAUCACCGUCCACGAUCUCCACGGUUCAGACAACACCAUCUACACAGUCUUCAUAUAUGCAAGACUACUUCGUUGGCGACGGUAUUUCACCCAGGAAUAAGAUGAAGGACAAGAGACCGGUCAUGAUUCGCAACCACACAGCACCCUUAUCGGCUGCGGCGCAAUUGCGCGCACCUGCGCCUACACCAGCACAACAAGACGAACCACUUGUACGGCCACGGACGAAUGAGGACGAAGGACAUGACAGAUAUGAAAGUCGAGCAGAAAGACAUGAGAGACAUGAGAGACGAGAGCAAAACGACAGGCCAUCCGAUGGAAGCAGUCGCAGAAGAUCAAGGACACGAGAGAUCCGAGAGAAGGAGAAAAAAGCCAUGCUAUCCAAAGCUCUGCAGAAGGCGAACACGGCUGUGCUGCUGGACAAUGCGCAGAACUUCGUGGGCGCACUAGAAGCGUACACGGAUGCGUGUAGACUGCUACAACAGGUCAUGGAGCGAAGUUCAGGCGCAGACGAUAAGCGGAAGCUGGAGGAUAUCAGGACUACAUAUAGUACGCGAAUUGAGGAGCUGGAGCAGCUGGAGAACAGCCGGCCAUCGAGUUCCGAUCAUGAGAAGGAACUUCCGGAGCGGCCUAUGAGUGACGAUAGUGCCGUGCAUGCUGGCAAUUUCUACCCAGGUCCAGUCAGUCCUAUUGCUGAGAGCAUUGCGGAUUCAGCGGUGAUAGGGACCACCACUACGACUCGCGUUGUGGAUGUCCCACGACUAUCGUAUCCGGAGCAGGAUGGGGAUAACUUCUUCUCGCGGACCAUGGAGGCUGUGCAGAACACUGAGGGCGCAUACGGGCGAGGAAGCAGCGAUCGCGAGCAAUUGCAUGCGCAUAUUUCGCCUGAUGAGCCCGCAAGCUCGUCUAGAGUCGUGCAGCAGACGCUCUUCUUGCCCGAAGCCGAGCAGAGCAAAUAUAUGCCUGCGCCACUAUCGCCACGCAAGCCCUCGCCUCAACUGAAGCCAGAAGUGGAAGCGGCUUGGCCACAGGAUCCAGAGCAGCAGACUUCCGAAGAAGCACCACGAGAUGUCGCGCAUGAUCAGCCAGAUGCGAAUGAGACCGCUGGUUCAUGGCUCGAUACUAUUGACGAAAGCGGCUCGUCGUGCGCAUCGUCGGUUCAUUCUUUCUCGCAGGACGGUCCUCGACGGAAGCACUUGCGCACGAAAAGUGGUGACACCGAUCCGGAUUUCGAUGCAGCAUUCGAUGAUGCUGUCGAAGCGGCAUAUGGCGAAGGCCUGGAACCUGACUUAGAGGCUCACGGGAAGCGGAAUACCGCUUACCGACAUGCGGCAAAAGAAUCCAUCAUUGUGCCUAGCUCUGCGAUACAAGAAGUGUUGUCACCCACAAAUGAGUUCCAUCCGCCGAACUCGCUCCAUCAGGAUUUGGACGAUGAGGAAGAAGAGAGGCUGCUGGAUGAAAUCACGAACGAUUAUGCGCAUGGCUUCAACUUUGAUCUGUCGACGAAAUCUGCUCUGCCGCGACAGUCGGAUUCGAGUGGCUACUCACGUAGCACUUGGCAAAGCUCACAAGCGUCGGUCGAUCGAACCACAGCUGCGACAUCCUUGUCGACCGUCGCUGAGGACGCUCUCGGAGGGGCCCUGAUGGAAGAGCCGGAGGAAGUGAUCGAGCCUGUGGUGCCCCAAGCGAAAGGUGACUUCCCACCACUCCAAGCACCACCACCGAAUACUGCUCUGCCACGCCCGCCGAGCACAAGUGGCAGCAGACUUUCUUCGGUCAGGGCGCGCAGACUUUCCGGUCAGAAUAAUCUGAAGCAAUUGAAGAUCGAGACCUCGUCCAAGUCGGAAGCGCGCAAACGUGCUUCAACCUUUCACCACUCGCCGAGCCCACAGCCACGAGAUGAUGAGGGCGAGGAUCCCCUCAACAGAGAUUUCAAGUUCGGCGCCGUACUGUCACCUUCUCAAUCAGACCUCCAGCAUGAGCACAUCCUCACUUCACCUCCAUCGCUAGACAUGCGCUCGGCGGCAGUCGACUCGACGAUUCGGCCCACGACGGCAACAGUAAACGAGCAGAGAAGAAGUGUGGACGAGAUGCCUGGAGAGCUGCCUUCUGCCCGACUCAAUCCUUUCCGUAAGAAUAAGUCGUCGGUCAGCUUGCGCGAUCAGCAUAGCACUCUGCUCUCAUCGCCUGAUGAGUCGAUCCCAUCGCUUGCAACGCCUAUGAGCUCGACUUUCAUGCCUUUGACUGGAAGACGAGGUGAUGAGCAUCCUUUUACCUCGCAGCGCGCCAAGUUCUCUUCCUUCGACGCUGGUGCUAUUGGCUUUCAGCAGGCUGGCGGCGCGUAUCUGUUCGACACUACGCUGUCCAAUCUGCAGAGCCCGACCUCGCCGCGCUCACCGAAGUCGCCAUCCGCUGGCGCGCCACUCGGACUUGAGCCGUGUCCCGAGUCGUUCCUGCUUCGGCCAUUCUGGCUCAUGCGUGCCAUGGCGUCGACGCUCACGCAUCCUCGUGGUGGGUUCGUGACGACGCGACUCUUCGUGCCGCGAGAAGUAUGGCAGACUCGAGGUGUGAAAUUGAAGUCUGUGGAAGAAAAGGUGGCCAAUUGCGAUCUUCUCACCGCUGCACUCGGCCGAUUAGCAGGAGUCGAUACCUACGAUGCAGACGCAGUCAUGGUGGAACUCCAAAGCUUCGAGGAAGUAAUGGAGCGUGUACAAGCUGCACUCUCUAAAAAGCUAGGCAGUGACGUUGGCGUGCACGGCGUCACAGGCAUGUUCAAGGACGCCGCCACCAACAACAACAUGAGCAAUCCGUCCAACUCAAGUAAUCCGGGCCAAGCAACCGACACAACUUCCGGAUCGCACGACAAGAACGCAAAGACCAAAGAAGGCAAAUCCUACCUCACCUCCUGGGGCCGCAAACUCCGCAGCAAAAACUCCACCACGCCCCUCACAAGCAGCAACAGCAACUCCAAUACCCACCAUCAGCCCGGCAAGAACAGCGGCAUGGACAGCAAAGACCAGCCAAUAAUGCCCUCGGUUCCAAUGACCACCUUCGUACCGGUGGAGCGAAGAGGGCAGAAGAGGGACGCGAGGGAUCUGACGUUUCAGGGUCCGCAGAAGGAGUAUAUGGAGUCGCUUGCGCGGUUGUUCGAGGGGGUGCAGGUACUCGAUCAAAUCGCGCGACAAGUGGAAGAUCCCGGCCUCAAGCACUCCUCGCCUACACACGUCGGGCUCGAGCUGAGCAUUCGGCACGCAGCCGAGUUCUUUGCGUUUUAUGUUUGUCGGUUUGUGUUGGCGGAUAUGGGCACGUUGUUGGAUAAGUUUGUGAAGAGGGGGACUGAGUGGGUGCUCGCUUGA